CAUUCUCACUAACUCCGCAUGAUAAACGCAUUUCCUGCUGUGAAAAAAAAAACAGCAUCACCUACUGAAAUGACUUCCUGUUUGACGGCUGGUGCUAACGACGCUCUUCUUCAGCUCGGCCAAACAUAGGGUGGUGCCUUUUCUCUGGGGUCUAUUGUCGGUCACUGGGACUCAUUUGUAUAGUGAAUGAUUGGGCCUCAAACAACAGCAUAUUCAGCAUUCUCUGUUGGGUUAGCUAGGUGUGGUUUGAUGUAGGUAUGUUUACCAUUUUAAGUGGGGACUAUAGUGGAGUCUGAGUGAGGCUUUGGAUUUCACAGUUGAAUGUUGUAGAUGUACAUACUCCAUUAUGUGUGAAUAGACUGUGAGUACGUGAACCUGACAGACUAGCAGAAGACUACAUUCAAAGUUCACUGUUCACCGCUGCAGGAGUACAUGAGAGUCACCACAAGCCUCAGCGCGGUGGCCAGACGGUGAGCGAGAGCUCGCUCAAGUGAGAGCAACACACUCCUGCCAUGAGAGCCUGGCGCUGACACAGGAGGACGUCACCUGUCAGCUAGCAGCGCUGCAGCACAUGGCACAAGAGCACGGGUCCUCAGGCGCACGCUCAGCACUGGCGCAGCAGCACAGGCACAGGCUCUUGAGAAAUAGUUGAGGAUUACAAGAGCAAGUGAAGGCGAGCAACUGAAGUUGCAUGAGCACAAGUGGUUGGAGGCUCGGCAUGCAGUGGGAUGAGAACUAGAGACAAAAGCAUCAAAGGAACCCUGGUCUCAGCAGCAGAAUACAACAUCCAAUGGGGGACGGCGACCGUUUGAGACCUGAUUAGUGUACCUGAUCCAGCUGCCUUUCCUUGGCAUAAUGAAAUCCCCGCAGGAUGAGGUGGACCAGGGCUAUGUUACGUGCUGUGCUAAGUCCUCCAUGAGGAUGUCCAAUGGGGACUCUGCUCUGGCCAGUGGGCCUCUGGCUCUGCUGCUGCAUCUCAAGGCUUGUCAGGAGGCCUGGUCACCUGGGCCACCCUGGAAUACAGACGGCGCUCGCGCUGCCCUGUGGGGUCGGCCUGCAGGGAGUUUCCUGGUGCUGCGAGAUUCUGCUGCUCAGCCAGAGCUGCUGUGUGUGUGUGUGGAGAGCGCCAGCGCGCCAGUCAAACAUUUCCCCAUCCGUCACACUGGCACAGUGUUACAGCUGACAGAGUCUCACCUGAGUUUCCCUGAUCUGGCUCAAUUGGUGGCUUUCUACACUCUAAGCAGAGACGUGCUGCCUGUGUGUCUGCGGGUCCCUGAAUGGAUCUCCAGUCUGGCUGACCCCUCUGAGAAACAGCCAUCUCAACUUGGACCCAAGUCCUGGCUGUGUCCACUGUCCAACUCAUCUUCAGAUUCCAUAAUGCCGGAGUCAUCAGUGGUGCCUGGGGCAGUCCUGUGCACCAUACAGCUGACCACAGCCAGCGGAGCUCUCUGCAUCAUCAACCCACUGUACUUACAUGAGCACGGAGAUGAGUGGCUGUCCCGCGCGCCGGACACUGCCCAGCUGGGCGGUCAACCCGGCAAGCGGCGCUUUGAGAGGCGGCUCAGCAGAAGCAGACCGUGGGGAGGAGCAGGACUGGUCAAGAACAGAGGGAUCUCAUUGGAUGAGGAGACGUUGCAGAACUACUCUGAAACAGGAGCAGGAGCAGGCGUGGGGCCGCCGGUCACUACCUCCACUGGAGUGGUGCUCCGCAGGGCGAGCAGCAGCGCCAGCAGCAGUGACCCGUUCCAGCGCUCGUCCACUGGGAGCGCCGUCCUGCACAGCCCAGCGCCUCAGUCCCCCCACCGCGUGUCCUGGGUGGAGGACAACAUGUGGGCGUCCCCUCCCGCACCGCCCUUCCUCCUCCACCCGCCAUCGCUGGAGCUGGACUCGCUGUCCAUCAGCAGCAUCGAGGAGGAGACCGACUCCGCCUGCUCUAGCCCCGCCCUCUCUCACCACUCGCGCCUGCCGUUGGCCAACAAGGUGAAGCACCGCCUGUCUGCUGUGGGCCACGCCAUUGGCGGCCUGGUCAACCCCCAGACGCGGCUGACCAAUCGGGUGCAGGAGCUGAGCCGGAGCAGGAGCGGGACGUUUGCCGAGGCGCUGAGGGGCUUCGUGGAGCAGACCCAGCGGUCAGUGGUGACGGACGCGGUGACCAGCACUGACCUCCUGCAGGAGGUGCGCGCCUCCCUCACAGGGCUGCGGGACACACUGCUGGACUACCCCGACGUCUGCAGCCUCAUGGACAGCAUGGCUGACCAGCCGGACACAGAACUGGAUGCCAUGCUGGAGACCUCGCUGCACAAAGUGGCCUUGAAGCCGGUCUGCUCGCACCUGUACUCCUGCAUCCACGCCUUUCACAGCAGCGAUGGAAGCUUCCAGAAGCUCCAGGGCAACCAGCGCACGCUGGAGGGCCGCAGUCUGGAGGAGCUGGAGGGCACGGCCGGAGCAGGCGUCCCCGACCCCGUCACCAUGGAGAAGAUCCAGCAGCGCUGGGCCUCCAUGCACAAGGCCUACUCGCCCAACAAGAAGGUGCAGAUCCUGCUCAAGGUGUGCAAGACCAUCUACCACAGCAUGAGCGCCAACGCCAAGCCUGGUGUGGUCUUCGGGGCAGAUGACUUUCUGCCCUGUCUGACAUGGGUGCUGCUCCGCAGUGAUGUGGUCACUCUGCAAGUGGACACAGACUAUAUGAUGGAGCUGCUGGACCCCAUGCAACUACAGGGAGAGGGUGGUUACUACCUGACGUCUGUCUACUCCGCCCUCUUCUACAUCACCACCUUCCGUCCCCGUCUGGCAGCGCGCCAACUUAGUGUGGAGGCCCAGCAGUCUCUCAGCCAAUGGCAUCGCAGACGGACCCUACACUGCAACCAAUCACGUAGAGGAAGCCACCGCAGAACUAUCCGCAGGCACACGAGCCCCAAGAGCCUCCCUAAAGGCACCGCAGGGCUGGAGGCUGAGCGGCAGGACACUCUGGGGCCCCCUGCAGGGAGUGAGGAGACACUGCAGGUUAUUAAUGAGAAUGUGACCAUAGUGGACCUUUGCGUGAAGGAGCAGUCUGGGAAUCACACACAAGGGCCACAACCUGGACACAGCCAGUCUGCUGCUCCCGCCAGAGGCAGAGCCUCAGUGGCCUGUGGCACAGGGAGCAGAACAGCAAGACUGGAGGGGGACACCACACAGGAGCCUGUCGGGGUGACUGAGGGAGGGCAGGAGGCCUCCACUAGACUGCUGAAGGGCCCUGAGGUGCUCUGGAGUAAGGUGGAGGAGGAGGAGGAGGACACUGAGGGGGAGAGCAGCAGUGGAGCUGAGGACUGAGGAGAACUGGGCCACCACGCACUGAAGCGAGACUUCCUUGUGUUUCACCAGCAAAUCCAAUCAGCUGAUUAAUGAGACGCUUUCAGGUUUUAACAGUAGGUGGCAGUAUUGUUUUUCAGUGAAAUUAUUGUUACCCUGGGAGAUGAGAAGGAGUUUAAGUUAUAAGGUCUGUAAUUGUGAUAUGCAUUUUCCUUGUGAGAAAAAGAAAAUGGAGAUAAAGAGAUUAUAAUGAUUACUGUUAAACAAUGUCAAUAUGAGUUUCUGCAGCGCCAUUUAGCUGUUGAGUCACAACUUCAGAUGACCUCUACCUGAAAGACCUGCGUGAGCUAUUCACUCCACAAUCAUUAAUAAAAAAGACGUUUUUACAGAA